AUGGAGGGGGUCACAGUGGGCCAGGUAUUCGAUGCCGAAUGCAUCCUAAGCAAGCGGCCGAGAAAGGGGAAGUUCGAGUAUCUUGUCAAGUGGAGAGGGUGGUCGUCCAAGCACAACAGUUGGGAGCCAGAGGAGAAUAUUUUGGACCCGAGGUUACUGGCAGCCUUUCACAAAAGGGAACAAGAGCGAGAAAUGUUGUUCCAAAAGAAAGGAAAGAGGCCGAGAGGACGACCACGCAAGAAUCCUCUUCCCGUUCCACCCACCGCUAAAGACAGCCGCUCGUCUUCCUCGUCGUUCUCCGGUGUGUCUUCGUCGGCGGCGUCAUCGUCUGAGGAGGAAGACGAGGCGGAGCACGAGCACAAAAAAGUAGCGGCGGGCCCCAGGUUGCAUCCCGUCCCCCAGAAGAGGCCUCAGAUCCUCCCCGCCAAAGCAGAGCCUCCUCGCAAGAAGCGCAGCCGGAAACCACUUCAUGCCGACAUGGGCGCGCUGAGGCACGUCAAAAGCAGAACGCCGCCCGUGCCACCGGGCCCGAGCCAUCACCAGCUGCUGCCAGGGUUCCUACGCAAGUAUGGAAAGAUGGAUCCUCGGUCGGGGUUAAAGAAGCCGCUGCAGCCAGCGAGCUUCACCUACACCGGACUCGGCAGGACCACCAGAGACCACCACGGUGCCUCUUCCCAGGGGUCUGCUUUCUCUCAGGUGUCGUCGUCCAAAGCGGGCUGCGUUUGGAGCAGUCCCACGCCGGCGUCCUCGCCGCCUCUCAGCAAAGGAAGCAGCUCACCGCAACGGAAGACGUCGCACGGCGAGUUCAAACGCUCCAUGUCGGGACCGGCGGUUGGACGGGGUGACUCCCUCAAAGGGUCGCCGCCACCUUUAAGAGCCGUCUUCGGGGGCGGACAGACAACAACGCAGCGCACCGCACCAAGUCCAAGGAGGCAGGAUGCCCAUGCCGGUCACACAGGUCUUCUCCAACACAAGCGAGCUCUCCCCAAGUCGCCGUCGUCAUCACAGCGGACGACCAGUCAGACCCUUGGCCUGCGGGCGCUGAACCUACAAAGCGUCACCAAGACGUCGCCCGCCAGCCACAGUGGUGCAUUGGUACGUUCCGGCGCGGCGGUACGUGCCAGUUCGCGGAGCGGCAGCCUUGUGGUCAUCAAAGACACUUGCCUGACACCUGAAAGGCAGCGUCCGGUCCUACCCGCAGGGGCCGCCGUCGACAAAAACAGGAAAGACAUGACGCUAGCAGGCGGCGGUGGCCGGCAGGACGAACGCAAGUCUACCCGCAGCCUCAACGAGCUCAGCACGGGCGACUCCGACGACAGUAGCAGCAGCGAAUCGGAGCGGGACGCCGCCUCGUAUCCUAGCAACAGUCGGCCCAGCCUGGGCGACGCCGCCACCGAGUCGGAUGCCGAGACGGACUGGCGCCCCACGCGGAACCUUCUGGAGCAUGUUUUUGUCACAGACGUCACCGCCAACUUCAUCACCGUCACUGUUAAAGAGUCGCCCACUAGCGUCGGCUUCUUCAACCCGCGCAACCACUAG